UUUCAACUGGCUAUUAUCCAUACUCGGUAACUGUUGGUGAUGUCAACAAUGAUAACCUACUGGAUAUUGUUGUCGCCAAUUCAGUUAGCAAUAAUACGAGUGUCAUUCUUGGAUUUGGAAAUGGUUCGUUUGCAGAUCAAAUGACAUAUUCAACUGGUGCUAUUCCACAGUCUGUAGCUGUUGGUGAUUUUAACAAGGAUAACCUACUGGAUAUUGUUGUCGCCAACAAUCAAAGCAAUAGUUUAAGUGUUCUUUUUGGAUAUGGCAAUGGUUCAUUUGCAGAUCAAAUAAUAUAUCCAACUAGCAGAAAUCCAGACUCUGUAGCUGUUGCUGAUAUCAACAACGACAGUCGAUUAGAUAUUGUUGUGGUGAACUUUUGGUUCAAUGAGGUCAAUAUACUUCUUGGCUAUGACAAUGGUUCAUUUGCAGAUCAAAUGAUAUUUUCAACUGGUGAAUCGCCAUACGCUGUAGCUGUUGGUGAUUUCAACAAUGACAAUCAAUUGGAUCUUGUUGUAGUUAAUAACGAUAACAAUAACUUAGGUAUUUUUCUUGGAUAUGGCAAUGGAUCAUUUGCAGAUCAGAUAACGUUUUCAACUGGCAGUUUACCAUACUUGGUAGUUGUUGGUGAUUUCAACAAUGACAAUCGAUUGGAUAUUGCUGUUGUCAAUUUUGGUAGCAAUAGUGCCAGUGUACUACUUCAAUAUAAUCGAGGAGCCUUAACCAAACACAUGACUUACGCAUCUGGUGGUGCUUCCAGUUUACGAUAUGUUGCUAUUAGUGAUCUAAACAACGACACUCAACUCGAUAUUAUUGCAGCUAAUUAUGGUACGAACGAUAUUGGUGUUCUUCUUGGAAGUGGGAAUGGUAAUUUUCUAAGCGAAAAAAUGCUCAUUAGUGGCUCAAAUUCUCAUCCAUCAGCUAUUGCCAUUGCUGAUUAUAAUGGUGACAUGCUGUUGGAUAUUGCUGUGCUUAAUUAUGGUACUAAAGAUAUAGAUCUACUGGCUGGAAAUCCAAAAGGCACAUUUACAACUCAAGCAAGUAAUGGAUUUCAUUUUGUUUCAUCUCCAUUUCUUAUCGCUUCUGGUGAUUUUAAUAAUGAUGGACGGUCAGAAAUUGCUGUCGCAUGUGACGAUACUGAUAAUGUGAAUGUCUUUUUUACGUAUGAAACUGGAUCUUUUACAGACCCAAUAUUCUAUUUAACUGGUAGUUCUCCUUGGUCUGGAGCAGUCGAUGACUUCAACAAUGACAACCGACUGGAUAUUGUUGUCGUCAGCGGCGAUAACAAUAAUAUUAGUGUCCUUCUUGGAUUUAAUAAUGGUUCAUUUGCAAAUCAAAUGACAUAUUCGACUGGUAUCUAUCCAGUCUCUCUAGCUGUUGGUGAUUUUAACAACGAUAACAGAUUAGAUAUUGUUGUCGUCAAUCGUGAUAGUAAUAAUCUUAGUGUCCUUCUUGGAUAUUAUAAUGGUUCAUUUGCAGAGCAAAUAACAUAUUCAACUGGCACCUGGCCAUUAUCUGUAGCUGUUGGUGAUUUUAACAAAGAUAACCAAUCGGAUAUUGUUGUCGCCAAUUUUAAAAGCAAUAAUAUCAGCGUCUUUCUUGGAUAUGGCAAUGGUUUAUUUGCAGAUCAAAUCACGUUUUCAACUGGCUAUUAUCCAUACUCGGUAACUGUUGGUGAUGUCAA